UUUGCCCUUGGGUGGGCUGGGGUGUUCAGUGCUCCCCCGGACCUGAAUGGCCUCUACAAACGCUUCCAGAGUCCCCCCCCUCUACUGGCCGUGACGUCACAGGUCCGGCUCCGAGAGCAGCCGGUGUUUGCCCGUUGCCAGGGUCAAGAGCGCAAGGAGGACCGAGAGAGGAGGACUGGGGACCUUCUACACCGAGACACCCCACACACCUUCAGCGUACAUGUAACACCUCCCCCCAGCCGGCCUGCUGCGAGCCAGCCGCCCAUGGAAGUUCUCAAGGUGCAGUCCCACCUGGAGAAUCCCACCAAGUACCACAUCCAGCAGGCUCAGAGGCAGCAGGUGAGGCAGUAUCUGUCCACCACCCUGGGGGGUAAAGCCGGCAGCCAGUGCCCCAGCCAGCCCCCUGACCACGGCAUGCCGCCCGGGCCCGGCAGCAGCGCCCCCAACAGCCCCAUGGCCCUGCUCACCCUCAGCUCCAACUGUGAAAAAGAAAUGGAUGAUGUCAUUGAUGAUAUUAUUAGCUUGGAGUCAAGCUAUAAUGAAGAUGUUCUUGGACUGAUGGACCCAGGACUCCAAAUUAACAACCCGCUCCCUGUGUCUGGCAACCUUCUGGAUGUGUAUGGCAAUCAAGGACUUCCACUCCCGGGCCUUGCCAUCAGCAACUCCUGUCCGCCCAACAUUAAAAGGGAAUACACAGCUCCUGGCAUGAAGCAAGUACUGGACAAGCCUGGAUCCUGUGGCCAGUAUGAAAACUAUCAAAGGCCAGAGGGCUUUCCAGUAGAGGCUGAAGUUCGUGCUCUUGCUAAAGAGAGACAAAAGAAGGACAACCACAAUUUAAUCGAACGAAGACGGCGAUUCAACAUCAACGACCGCAUCAAAGAGCUGGGAACUUUGAUACCUAAGUCAAACGACCCAGACAUGCGAUGGAAUAAGGGCACCAUUCUGAAAGCCUCUGUCGACUAUAUCAGGAAGCUACAGCGGGAGCAGCAGAGAGCCAAGGAACUUGAGUGCAGACAGAGGAAGCUGGAGCACGCAAACCGCCAUCUGAUGCUUCGUAUACAGGAGUUGGAGAUCCAAGCACGGGCUCAUGGUCUUACAGUGGUGUCAUCCCCAUCUGUCUGCACAUCAGAGCUGAUGGCCCGAGCCAUUAAACAGGAGCCCGUCCAUGGGGACUGCCCCUCAGAGCUCUACCAGCAUAGCUCGGCUCCUGACAUGUCCCCUCCAACCACACUGGACCUCAACAACGGCACCAUCACCUUUGACCAGAUUCCUGCAGACGCUGGGGACCCUGGCCCCUACGGAAACCCCAGGACCUGUAAAAUGAAGGAGUUGGUAAGGGACAACAGUCUGUCGUCGAUUUCCCCAAGUGACCCCCUGCUGUCCUCCAUGUCCCCAGAUGUUUCCAACAACGUUAGCAGCCACCACAGUUCCAGCUCUAGUAUGGAGGAGAAGGAGCAUGGCUGUUAGCCUUAUCCAGUGCCCUGGACCACACUGACACUCUCUCCCAUUAAUGAAGCCACCUACAUUAAAGUGACUUAAAGGUAUCCACAUGACUGAGUGGAAAAAAGGAACUCAGAAGCUAACUUCAUCUAGAUUGAUUCCUUAUUUGUUCUGAAAUUUUGCCCAUUUGUUGCUGAAAUUUUGUAUGUUACUGUGACCUUUCAUUCAUUUCAGUCUCUCUAUUGGACUCAGUAUGUAUGCAGUCGUGUAGGCAGAAUUACUUGCCAAAAAAAUACAAGGCAGCUGAUAAGUAUGUCUACAAUCUGCUGGUCAACCUGAUGCUUUUACAGUUUUUAGCCGUUUUAGUUGUUGUCUUUUUUUUAAACCUUUGAUAUUUGUCCCAAAUAUACAGUGUACUGAACAGUCCAUGGUAAUUGAGAUAACAUACAUAUGUGCAAACGAAGUGGUAGUUAAGUGCAAAAGGUUUAGUGUUAUGUUCAAACUUGCCCACUUUUCGUAGUCAGAAUGUAAAAUGACUGACUCAGUCAAUCUAACAGUGUUCUAACUUCUGAUGGUUCCGUUGCAAGAAUAUGCACGUAAUUAAAUAUUAAAUGAUCAAAUAUUGUAUAGUAAUUGUUUCUCAACAUAUUUGAAAUUAUAUUAUUUUUUACCCCAUGCACUCAAGAAAUAACAAAUCAAACACUGACCGAACGAGAAGUAUUAUUAUUUCUUACUAUGAAGUAUUAUAUUAUUACUAUCAUUUAUUUAUUUGUUUUUUUUUUCUUAUUUUCACUGAGAACUCAUUGUAUUUAUACCAGUGCUUGAGAAUUUUUAAAUUUAUAGCAGCCCACAAACACAUUAUUGAUCUUUUUUUAUAUGACAUUAUUUUUUAAACUGUAGGUUAGGUUACAAAACACACAAAAAAAGAAAGAAAAGAAAGGAAAAAAAACAAGGCUUCAUUUUGGUUCCACAAAUGACAAAAGCACUAUAUAUACUGUACCUGAUCCACUAGCUGAAACUGAUUUUAUUUAAAUUGAGCCCUGAUUGUGACAUUUAAAGAAUUCCUGACAUCAUACGUCAUCAUAAUUUGUUUAAAAUUAACGUAAAAUAAAAUUGAACAACGAAAUCAACUAAAAUGUUAUUUAUAUUCCAACAAGGGCUCACAGCAGUCCUUGCCCCAGAUGCAUCAGUUGCUUUGUAGACACAAAUCACUGAAUGGUUUCGUCAUCAUCUUGCAGAUCUGAGAGCUGAGUAAAUGUCCGUGUACACAGAGAGGAAUCUUUUUUGAUGUCUGUUCAGAAUUUUUUUCUUUAUGUUGGAUGUGCUGUUAUCGGUUGCUAAUACUGUAAAUGAAAACACUUGAGAUGCCGAUGUAUUGUAUAUAAGGCCUUUUGUAAAAAAAAAAAAAGGAAAAAAAAAAAAACUGGGUUUGGAGUUCAUGUGUGAAGACUGAUACAGUAGAUCCACUGAUCUGCUCGUCCAUGAACAUAAUCAUAUUUGUUUUAGAAUGAGCAAUGGGUCAUCAUGUCCCAGAUUCAUGAUCCAUAUAUAAUACUCAGCCAACUGAGCUCUUGCUCUUUUUAUUGUACAGAGAAAAAAAACUUCAUCAUCUGUCUGUGACUAUGGUAUCUUUAGAAAGACAGCUUUGUUAUGAAUGCUGACUCUCCCCAAUAUGAGGGGUUAGGUACUGUAGCUGCAGCAGUGCACUUCAGGAAGACUUUCUCCAUUACAUCCCUAAAUAAUCUAUAUGAAUAUGUUGCGUCAGAUCUCCUGAAAAUGAUUUUUCUAAACCAUUAAACAGCGACAGCAAAUAUGUUUUAAAGGAAGCAUAAGACCAGAUUAAGUUUUCCAUUAACAUAAUGAGGCAAUGUUGUUAAUUUACAUAUUUGGCAAGUCACAAAAAUGUUGAUACUGAGUCAAAUCAGUAAAAUCUUCACAGACAACGUCUUUGUUUUCCACCAAAAUAUCGGAUCUUGCAGCACAGUAUCCACUUGUAGUGACCACAGCAUUAUUAAACUUUUUUAGGGUUAUAUUUAGGCUCUCAGAGCACUUGGUUAAGUUAGAGAAAGAUUGUGGUCUGGUUUCAUACAGAAAAAUGCACAGACAUGCAACCAAAACCACCAUCUUUAUCUUUCUCUAACUUUAAGCAACAUGUUCUUGUUGCCUAAACCACAGACGGGACUGUAUGUGUGAGCGCUGGUCUCUGGGGUGAUAGUCGUGUACUAUGUACACUUGCCAUCAACUCCAACCACCUCUCGGGGCCUGUGCUGCUGUUACUAAAUGUAGCGCCUCUGAACAUGACCCAGCCAGUGAUGACGUUUCGUAAAAAAAAACUAUUUGCUGUUACAAUUUAGUUGUAUACAAACUGAAUUUUGCUCUAGAGGUGAUGAUAGAGACAGGAUUGCAGAUGAAACACAACUUCCAUAUUGUGUACAUCUUGAUUAUUUUCCAAAAAUCCUAUAAUA